CUCUCGAUCUCUCUCUGUGGCUUGAUCUUUGACCUCUUCGAAAGAUCAAGGCCCUAACCCUACCGGCCACCAAAGGAAAUUAAACUCAGAGAAUAUUUUUGGAAUAUAUAUAUUGCCGUUUAAGAUUUCCUUAAUGUAAAAGGUAGGGUUAGGUUAAUACUCCGGGCAUGGGGCUGCACAUGCCGGAAUCAUGCUUACGUGGCCCUCUAUCUCUCCGAUGAGCGUUUGGAAGAGUUUAACAUACCACCGGCUGCCUCAACAGCCCCUCAAGCUCUAUGUUCUCAAGUUGGAUGGCUCCUACUUUGAGGUGGGGGUUGCAAAGACGGCAACAAUUGCAGAACUGAAAGAGGCCGUGGAGGAGGUUUUCAGUCAGUUACCAAGGGAUACACACAUUAAUAUUUCAUGGUCUCAUGUAUGGGGUCACUUUUGUUUAUGCUACAAAGGUCGGAAGCUAGUUGAUGACAAAGCAUCUGUCCGGCUGUUUGGAAUUAAGGAUGAUGAUCAGCUGUGUUUUGUCCGGCAUAUUUCAAUUAACGACGGGCAAGAAAAAGAGGAGAGACCAGUAAAGGAACCAAGUGCGAAUAUCAACAGCUUGUGUGUUGAAAUGGUUAAGACAUUAAUACCAGAAGGCUGGUAGAAAAUGAACAUUACUGGAAAAAACGUCGACGGUCUCUAGAGUUUCAGUUUGCCUUUACGGUCCGGCCAGUUUCCAUCAUGAAGCCUAAACGGACAGCAGCAGAUCAGCUAGCCAACAGAAAAUCACUGCCUCUUUAUUUAUUUUUUAUUUUUUAUUUUGUUUUUUGAGGCUUGAGCGUGAAAUUUAAUCCAUAAUUGUAGCAACCGGCCGUUAAUCAGAAAUGAAUUCUUCGACACCAAUUUGGACUGCUGGUAAAGUAUGUAGAAUAUAUGGCUGACCGAUGGUAUUUCUUGGACAGGAGCUUAAUUAGUAAACACUGCCCUUGGAGGCACAAUAUUUAAGAAUUGUCAUAGAGAACACUAAGAGCUGAGAA